AGGAUGGCUGGGCUUCUCGCUCUAACCCGGGCGCAUUAUUGACUCCCAGUUACCUCCCUGCUAUUUGAUACAGGAAAUAGGAUAUGACAACGCGUACAGGAAAAAGAGUUGUCUUUGGGGCCGCGAAUGCAUCGGGGAGGGGGAAUCAGAUCUUGGGGUUUUCUUUCGCUCGUCUGGUUAUCCGCACUCCUUCGCCCCGCCUCCCCUCUUUCCAGUUGUUCCAAAGGGGUGUGGUUUUUCCUGGGAAAAUGGCUGACCGCUGGAGUUGAGGCUGAGACUCGGGGCUGGGGGAUGGGGUGGAUGGACGCCCUUGCUGGAGAAGGCUGCUGUUAUCAGAGUCCUGAGAAGUGGGGGUAGGGUGAAAGACCAAAAAGUGAAAUCCGUUUGACAACCAGGACCUUGGAUUCAGAAAAGCUGGUAUUGGGACUGUCUGAAGUCCUGUUCUGUCUGCCUAGCCAUCCCAUCUCUGCUGUGUCGCCUGUCUGUGUCUGUGGAUCUUGCGCCUGAAGGCCAGUUCAACCCUAGGAGCAGGAAGAAGAGGAAAAUUGCCCUGAAACAGGUUUGCAGGAAAUCGGUGUUACUCCAGGCCAGAAAUCGAAGGAAGAAACUGCCUGGACCUGUGCGGGUGUAUGUGGGGGUGCCUCUGCCCCCGGGACAUCUGCAGGGGCAGGUAAGGUCUGUAGGUCAGUCUGUCUGCAUGCAAAGGCGCAAAAAGGAGGAGACUGAAGCCUUAAAUCUUUUAUCCUUAUGUCCCCAAGUACCUGUAGCUGCAGCAGAGCCUGCUGGCUGUAGCUGAAGACUCCGCAGCCCCGUCUCCCCCCGCAUCUCGACUUGGGAGCACUCCUCCAGCCAGAGCAAGUCCUCCAGACACUCCCUGUAUCAUGGGCCGAACUCGGGAAGCUGGCUGCGUGGCUGCUGGUGUGGUGAUCGGGGCUGGAGCCUGCUACUGUGUAUACAGGCUGACCUGGGGAAGAGAUGAGAACGAGAUAAUCUGGAAGGAGGACGACGAUGAGGAGGAGGAAUCUCGCGAUAUUUCAGAGACUGGGAAAGGAGCUAAGGCUAAUGCUGGGGCGGGGGCUGGAGCCAGACUUCAGGGUGACUCAAAGGCCAAGGCUGAGGUAGCCGUGGAACUCAAGAGUGGACCUGAUGUAAAGGCAGAGGCCCACUCAAAGGCCGAGUGUGGAGGUGGCCUAGAGGCCAAGGCCAAGGCCCUUUUCAGCACCCUGAAGGAACAGGCAAGUGCAAAGGCAGUUAAAGCUGCCAAGUUGGGUACCAUCUUUGGGACCAGGGCCCUUGCACCUGGUUUACCCUGCCCAGGAGUCAGGGGUGGAGGCUGCCACCCUGUGAGGAAUGGAGCUAGGGCUGGGAGCAAGGCUAGUGGCAAGUCCAAGGGAAGGACCAGAAAUAAGAGCACCAGGACUCCAGCUAUGUUAUGGCCUGUUCGAAAGGGCAAGUUCAACUUUCCCUAUAAAAUUGAUGAUAUUCUGGGUGCUACUGACCUUCAAAAGGUCCUUAACAUCUUAGAAAGAUCUAACGAUCCUUUUAUUCAAGAAGUAGCUUUGGUCACUCUGGGUAACAAUGCAGCAUAUUCAUUUAACCAAAAUGCCAUUCGUGAAUUGGGUGGUCUCCCAAUUAUUGCAAAACUGAUAAAAACGAAAGAUCCCAUUAUUAGGGAAAAGGCAUACAAUGCCCUUAAUAACUUGAGUGUGAAUUCGGAAAAUCAGGGCAAGAUUAAGACAUAUAUCAGUCAAGUGUGUGAUGACACCAUGAUCUGUCGUUUGGACUCAGCUGUGCAGAUGGCUGGUCUAAGACUGUUAACCAACAUGACUGUGACUAAUCAUUACCAGCAUUUGCUUUCCUAUUCUUUUCCAGACUUUUUUGCUUUGUUAUUCCUGGGAAAUUACUUCACCAAGAUUCAGAUUAUGAAACUAAUCAUAAACUUUACUGAAAAUCCAGCCAUGACAAGAGAACUGGUGAGUUGUAAAGUGCCGUCAGAAUUGAUUUCCCUCUUUAAUAAAGAAUGGGACAGAGAGAUUCUUCUUAAUAUUCUUACCCUAUUCGAGAAUAUAAAUGACAACAUAAAAAAUGAAGGGCUUGCCUCAUCCAGGAAAGAAUUCAGCAGAAGUUCACUUUUUUUCUUAUUCAAAGAAUCUGGAGUGUGUGUCAAGAAAAUCAAAGCAUUAGCAAAUCACAGUGAUCUGGUCGUGAAAGUAAAAGUCUUAAAGGUAUUGACCAAACUCUAAUUGGGAGAUUGUCCCAAAAAAUAUCGAGGAAAUUUUUUUAGUUUGCAGUUGGGAACAAUGCAUUUUGUAAAUUCUUUAUUUUUCACUGUGCUUAUACGGCAAAGAGAUCCUCUCAGCUGCUAUUUUAGAAUAAUGACUAUUACAUGUCAUCAACAGUGAUGCCAACUGUGAUGGUUUGUUUUAGGCUAGAUCAUUUUAAGGAUGUCAGAUGAAUAAUAGAGAUUGUACAAAGAAAGCAUUUAUUGAUUCUAUCUUGCUACCUAGAUUGAGAUAUUUUUACUCUUUACUUAAACUGACAGCAAACUAACCACAAAUAAACUAUACUUUUGUAUGGGUUUACAUCUGUUAAUCUUGUGUUUCAUCAAUAAAGUUGUAUGUUUUAACCAGCAAAAAA